AGGAGAAUUUUAUUAAAAUGAAAUUUAAGGACAAGGUACAUAUUAAUGGUUUGAUGGAAGAGUCUAUAUUGGAUAAUGGAAAAAUAAUUAAAUGAAUGGAAUGGGGCUGUUAAAAUUGUCUGAUGGCAAAACUUACAAAGGAGUAAGUAAUCAAGAAUUUUAAAUUAUUUAGGAAUAUGAUAAUGAUAAAAAACAUGGAAAAGGUGUGUUUAAAUGGGAAGAUGGUCGCAAAUAUGCUGGAUGUUGGAAAUAAAAUAAAUAGCAUGGAAUUGGUAUCUAUUUAUCAAAUCAGAAUGUGGAAAAGAUAGGUUAUUGGGAAGAAGGAGUGAGAAUUAAAUGGUAUGAAGAAAAAGAAAUUAGAUUAUUAGAACAAUAAGGUAUAUUAGAUGAGUUUAGAAACCUAUGA